AUGAGCAAUAAAAAGCGCCUAUUUAUCUCUAUUCACCACCGAGAUGAAAUGUCUCUUCAAGAGGGAAUACGCAAGACGUACGGUGCAUACCACUGGGGAGUUUUGUUAGCACCUAAGAAGUCCAACAGCCGCGACAACAUAGCAUACGACGUUUCAGACAGCGUUCAGUUAGAUGAAACUAGGCAAGACCUGAACUCGGAAAGAGAUUGGUUCUUCAGGAUUAAGAACAACGUGAAUCCGUUGGACAGUGGGCGGUUAGUCGGUCGGGUCAUGAUCGGAAAAGUUCCUCCGCAAACGACAGAAAAUGAUCUCGAAACCAUCCUCAGGGGUGUUGCUCUGCCGGAUAAGGAAUCAGGAGAAAGAUGUCGCCAUUGGGUUUGGAAUGCCAUAUCCACUCUACAAAAUGAAUCAGUGAUACCGAACUUUGAUAUCGAAGAAUUCAAAGUCUGGAUAUUGGAUUAUGCCAAUCAAUGCCUGGCCAACCCUAGUCCAAGCAAUUUGACUCCCAAUACGGUAAUCAAGAAUGGCACCACCCUGCGCGGAUGCAACCACUCCUUCUUUGGGGGGAUGAAGUGUUCGAAGUUGAGUCAAGAUAGUUGCAAUAUCAUUGAGAAUGGUUUCUUUUUCCUUGGGUUUCAGGCCGCGCAUCCACAGAGUUUCAAGCCAUUCAAGAACAAAGAUGGCGUUAGCAUUGUCUCAUUAGGUGAUAGGAAUUUGAUUGAGCAAACCUUGUAA